CCUUCACUUAAGCGAGCGCUACUUUCUCGGAGCAAAACAACGCCGUUAGUUCCAGCUGCGUGUCCACACUUGACACUUUACAGUCUAAAGACCACCCACUUCCCAGCCGAUCACAUCUCUACACAAUUAUGCAGAAGUAACACGGGAAUAACAAUACGCUGAAAAGACUACACGGACGGCAUGCCUGGGAAAACGGGUCUGUUAUUUGCACACAGUUGGCAAAGAAAUGACUAAAAAUAUCCAGGACUGACUCACUUCAGGACUGUCACAGAGACCUGGGACAAAAUGUCUAGACGGACUUGGAUACAGGCCACUUUUAAUAAGAGAGACUGUGUAAAAUUUUUGCCAGCCUCACGUGACCAUCACAGGUGUUAUCCAGUGUGUCAAGUGUGCCAAAGCCUAGUGAGAUGCUGUUGUGGGAGGCUUAUUGUGGAGCAUGUGGGUCCUUUCUCCGGUCUCCUGGGACCUGGUCCUGGAUCUGCCGAUGAGGAGGAGUGGUCAGUGACGCGACACACCAGCAUCAGCCCUACCGAUGCUUUCGGAUCGCUGGACUUUCAGGGCAGCACGAAGCGCACGUCUCGUGCCAAGUAUGUGCGGCUUUCCUGUGACACUCCAUCGGAGCACCUGCUUCAACUGAUGCUGAAAGAGUGGCACAUGGAAAUGCCCAAGCUGGUGAUCUCAGUGCAUGGAGGAACAGAUAACUUUUCUCUGUCUCCACGGGUGUGCCAGGCCUUCAGUACGGGCCUCAUACGAGCGGCAGAGAGCACUGGAGCAUGGAUACUCACUGAUGGGAUUAAUACGGGUGUUUCUAGGUAUGUGGGUGAUGCAGUAAAAGAGUAUGGAUCUCAUGACCACAGGAAGAGGAAUGUUGUAGGAAUCACACCCUGGGGUAUCAUUGAGAAUAACAGUGACCUUAUUGGCAGAGAUGUUCUCAGGCACUACCAGGCAUUGGGAAAUCCCCUGAGUAAACGUGCCGGUCUGAAUAGCAUGCAUUCACAUUUCCUUUUAGCCGAUGAUGGAACUAUGGGUAAAUCGGGAUGUCAGGUAGACCUUAGGAAGAGACUGGAGAGGUACAUACAUUUUCAGAAGAUCCACCCCAGAUUGCAUCAGCAUGUGCCAUUGGUGUGUGUUGUAGUAGAGGGUGGCCCUGCCGUCCUCUCUGUAGUCCUGGAGUAUGUACGCAGAAUUUCACCAGUACCUGUGCUGGUGUUUGAGGGAACAGGCAAAGCUGCAGAUCUGCUGGCGGUAAUACACAAAGAGACAGCUGUAGACAGAAAUUUGGAUUUGGAUAUUAAAGAGGACUUUGUACUGAGGAUUCAGGACAUGUUUACUGUGGAACGACCAGAGGCUACUGAGCUCCUCAACAUACUUAUGGAAUGUAUGGAACACAGAGAGUCUAUCACCAUUUUUGACUCAGAAUCUGAAGAUCUUCAAGAGGCAGAUGUUGCUAUUCUCACUACAUCACUGAAAGGUACCAGAGCUUCCCCUGAUGACCAGCUAAGUAUCUCAUUGGCCUGGGACAGAGCUGAUAUCGCGAGGGACAACAUACUGGUGUACGGACAACAAUGGCAGGUAGGAUCUCUCGAGCAGACCAUGUUGGAUGCACUAGUGAUGGACCGAGUCAGUUUUGUGAAGCUGCUCAUCGAGAACGGCAUGACCAUGAGUCACUUCUUGACCAUCUCUCGUCUGGAGCAGCUAUACAACAUACAAAAAGGCAGCCCUGAUUAUUUUCUGCGUCAUCUCAUUGAGGAUGCCAGACAGACUCGACUACCAGCUGUUUAUAAGAUGACUCUAAUAGACAUUGGUAUGGUGAUUGAAUACCUGAUCGGCGGAGCUUACCGAAGCACGUAUACACGCAAGAGCUUCAGAACAAUGUACAGCCGCUUACACGCCCCAAUAAAGGAGGGUUCCAGCCCUUUCAGCAAGGCCAGGAAAGCAGCCGUAACCCCCGAGACCACCCCACCAAGCUCCCAUUUCUACAGAACCGCUCAGCCUUGGAGACAGGAGGGUGCGGUAGUGCCUCAGGACCUGAAGUCAGACCCGAGCUCCGAGUUUAUAUGCACUUUUAAUGACCUGUUUGUGUGGGCAGUGCUCAAGCAUCGUCAAGAGAUGGCGCUGUUCCUGUGGCAGCAUGGAGAGCAGGCUAUGGCCAGAGCGGUGGUGGCCUGCAAGCUCUACCGGGCCAUGGCAACGGAAGCUAGGGAGAGCAAUAUGGAUGACUGCACAUUUGACGAGCUGAAGAGAAACUCGCUAGAGUUUGGUCAGUUGGCUGUGGAUCUUCUGGACAAAGCCUUCAGAGAGAACGAGCGCAUGGCAAUGAAGUUGCUGACGUGGGAGAUGACGGACUGGAGUAACUUCACUUGUCUGCAGAUGGCUGUUUCGUCCAGACUCAGACCCUUCGUGGCCCACAACUGCACUCAGAUGCUCCUCACAGACUUGUGGAUGGGCCGUCUCAACAUGAGGAAGAACUCCUGGUUUAAGAUUAUUGCCAGUAUCCUGAUGCCUAUGGCCAUUCAGCGGCUAGAGUUUAAGAGUCAAGCAGAGAUGUCCCAUGUUCCACAGUCCCAGGAGGCUUUGCAGUUUGGUUUGGAACCAGGAAGUCUUGGGACAUCAGAACAAGAAGGGACACCAAAUGCAAUCCCAGGGGAUGAGGAGAGGGGACCCAACUGUCUUCUAACCUGUACCAGAAAGGUUUAUGACUUUUACACCGCUCCUGUGGUCAAAUUCUGGUUUCACACAAUGGCAUUCCUGGGCUUCCUUAUGUUGUUCUCUUACACCGUGCUUGUGAAGAUGGAAGAAAAGCCCAACAUUCAAGAAUGUGUGGUCAUAACAUACAUCCUGAGCACGGCAGCAGAGAAAGCUCGAGAGGUGUGGGUAUUGGAACCCAGGAAGUUCAGUAAGAAGCUGAAGGUUUGGUUCAGUGAGUAUUGGAACAUCAAUGACUUCAUGGGAAUCCUCCUGUUCUUUGUUGGAGUCUCCCUGCGGUGGCACGAGGAAACACGCUUAGCCGGUCACAUAGUAUAUUCGCUGGAUUUCAUCUUCUGGUCUAUCAGGGUUCUGGACCUGUUUGCUGUGAAUAAACAUGCAGGGCCCUAUCUGACCAUGAUCACCAAAAUGAUGAGUAACAUGUUCUACGUUGUGAUCAUCAUGGCAAUUGUGCUGGUCAGUUUUGGCACAUCCAGAAAGUCAAUCCUGUCACCUAAUGAGGAUCCAUCCUGGAAUCUGCUUAGAGAUGUGGUCUUCCAACCAUACUGGAUGAUCUUUGGGGAGGUGUAUGCCGGAGAGAUUGAUGCCUGUAGUAAACCCGAAACGUGUGUUCCUGGAGCUUUUCUGACCCCCUUCCUGCAGGCCGUCUACCUUUUUGUUCAGUACAUUAUCAUGGUCAAUGUUCUCAUUGCCUUUUUCAACAAUGUUUACUUUGACAUGAGCGCCAUAUCUCGUAAUCUGUGGAAAUACAACCGCUAUCGUUACAUCAUGACAUAUCAGGAGAAGCCGUGGCUUCCGCCUCCUCUCAUCUUUCUUAGUCACGUGACCCUGUGUCUCAGCUCAGUGUGGCAAAAACACAGCAAGGCAUCCAAAAAGGGAAAAACUGGCCUUAAGUUACUUUUGGCACCCGAUGAUCUGAAAAAACUACACGAAUUUGAGGAGAAGUGCGUUGCUGGGUAUUUCAGAGACAAAACCGAGAAUCAACAAAACAGCGAAAUCAACAGGAUUCGCUCCGCAGCUGACAAGGCUGAAGAGAUGUCUGGAAUAUUGGUUGAGGUUGCCGAGAAGAUUUAUGUCAUCCAGGAUGACCUGCGCACUUUAGACAAUCACUUGGGUCAAUUGCAGGACUUGUCUGCUUUAGCGGUGGACACUCUUAACCUAAUUUCCGCCUCUGACAAUCAGCAGCAAGAGGUGGCUCGUCUCGGUCAAAGCCAGCCAAUGAUGUGCCGGCAUGAGCAGUUGUCCCAUAGCUGCUGCCUUCGCAUCGGCGGAAGCGUUGGUCCUAGCCAUGCCCUACUGUCCCCAAAGCACUACUAUAGUACUCCCCCUUCCCUUCUCCGAGGCUUCCGCCCGUCUCUUGAGUUACCAAAACGGCCCAGCAUUGGAAACAAGAGCAUGCUGGGAUAUCCAGAGGAAGAAGAUGGGGACGGUUUAAGGUCGUCUCUAAAACGCAGUGGUUCGAGAGGUGUAUCGACGGACUUCACACAUGGAUCUUUACCUAUCUUGUAUGAUGGGUGGAGAAACAAGAGUAUGUAUGGAUCUGGGGAACCAUCACGCACCACUUCUCCCACAAUGCCUUUGAUACGGGACAUCCUUAUCCAUGAACUUCCACCUAGUGAUGAGGAUUGCAUGGAGGAAGAUGAUGAUGAUGAGGAUGGCUCACGAGCAGUAUCCAGAGCCUCAAGCCACACAUUCCUCCUCUCAGGCUCCCAGAAUGAUGAAGAUAGAGCAGUGGGGAUUAGAAACCCAGCAUUUUACAGGAUCGAUGGUGGACGUUCUGGAGCUCCUGGACGUUUAGGCAGUAAUUGGGGCUUUGAGGCUCUAGAGCAGAGCCGCUCUCUCUCUGCCAGUGUGGAGGCUAUGGCCAUGCCUGACACGGAAACAUCAGAGGAGACCGCUAGACGGACACUUUCACCUCCUCACCAGAGAGGAUUUUCCAAGAUCUUCAGGAGGUCAACUGGAAAAAAGUCUGUCAAGACCAGAACAGGAUCUUCAGAGAAUGUGAAACAAGAUGAAUCGCGGAGCUCCAUGAAUGAGUUUGACCCACGCAGAAGAAUGAAGAGGAAAGUAAAGGGCCUGCUUGACCGAAGAUUCAAAACUUCUGUUAGUCUCACCCAGCUUAAUGUGGACCAAGUGGAAUUCACAAAAUUGGCCCCAUCAUGGCUGAAUCCCGGGCAGCCGCUGCUCAGCAGCUGGGCAAAAUCUAUCAGUCAGAGACCUUCGAUGAGCAGCAUAGCACCAGAAGUUAGGAGCUCUACAUUCAAGUUGACUGAAGAUUUAGGCCAACACUACUCAGCAAUGGAAAGGAACAACCUAAUGAGACUGGCUCACUCCAUACCAUUCACCCCUGUGUCUUUAUUGGGUGGCGAUGAGGUCUGCAUUUAUACGCUGGAGGAGACAGAAGCAGCUUCCUCACAUAAAGAUCAGCUCAGCAUCUCUGAGUGGCUUCAGCACGGUCGUACGGCUGUCCUGCAACCCUUGGCUCACCAAGAGGUGUUGGAUGGUGGUCUACGCAGGGCCACCAAGGUGGUGUGUACGUGGGCUGAGGGUGACGUGUUGAAGCUGGGCUCAGUCUACGUGAUGAAGGCCUUCAGGCCAGAAGUGGUCCGCAUGUGGCAAAAAGUUUUUCCAAACAGCACCUCACUUCAUCUCUGUCUACGGGAGAUCCAACAACAGAGAGCGGCACAAAAACUAAUGCAGAGAUUCAACCAAAUAAAACCCAGCACUGUGUCUCACAGUCCUAGGUUUCUGGAUGUCUCCUUGCUUUACUGGCACUCAAAUGGCCACUGGAUGACUAUUGAGAAGAACAUGACUGGUCAUUUUAGGAAAUACAACAAUAAUACAGGGGAGGAGAUUUCUCCUUCUUCUGGUCUAGAGGAGACAAUGCUAGCUUUCUCUCAUUGGACAUACGAGUACACCAACAAAGAACUGUUAGUGUUGGAUCUUCAAGGUGUGGGAGAAGACCUCACAGAUCCUUCAUUGAUCAGAGUUGAUAAUACAUGCUCCUCUGGUGAGAUGGCGUUUGGACCUGCGAAUUUGGGUGAUGAUGCAAUUCAGAGCUUUGUUGUAAAACACACCUGCAACUUCUGCUGUAAGAAGCUCGGUCUCUCAGAUCUGAGGAGGGGCGGCAGCGAGAAGAAGUCAAUUCCUGGCUUUGAUGAGAUGAGCAGCACAGUUUAACCUUUGACCUGGAAGUAGACUUAAACAUAUUCACAGACGCACACCUUCCAAGAGGAAGUCUACGCUCAGCUUAAGUACAGCUGAAUAUAUAGAGCUGCUUAAAGUGACUAAACAUGACAUACUGUAUUUAUGUUUUUACUGCAGCUGAUGCUGUAAAAGUAAAGGCAACCAGGCAACUAAGAGAAUUUAACACUAAGCAAAGAACUCUCUAAACACUAGCAUUUCUUCACACUUGGUCCUUUUUAGGGGUCUGAGCCCAGUUUGCUGUGGAACCCCUUUAAAGUGAACCAAACAGAGACCUUCUGGGGAGUACGGGUCUUUUUUGGGUACCGGUACGGUUCUCUAAAAACGUGCAUUUUGAACACAAACCGCACCAGGCUUUGUUUUUUCCCAUUUGUAUCUCCCAAUAAGUUCAGAUUGUGUGAAGAGGUGCAUGUACCAAUAAAGCGCAAUAUAUAUAUUUGACCCAGUGCCGCCAUACAGCAUCAACGCAAUUUGAAAUCAUUAAAGCCCAUUCUACUGUAGUUUUGGUAGUAAAACUAUUGUAAUACAGUAAUUAAUAAACUGUAAAACAUACACAGCAUUUUCAUCAAAUCAACAUAUAAUUCUAAGUUACUUUAACUUAUAAAAUCAAGUUGAAUUAGUUUAACAUCAACUUUUCACAAACCAAAGCCUAAAAUAGUAGGUUGAAUUGACUUGCCAAACCAAGUUAUUUUAACUUCAUGCAGCAUUUUUUUAUAGUGUUUGCCAAAAACCUAGUUUCUAUAAAACUAUAGUAAAUGUUUAUAGGGGUUGGUCUCAAAAAUAAGUGUGAACAUAAAGAGGCUUAUACCCUAUUACGGCUUAAGUGGACCUAAAAAUGGAUCUGAGUCUUCUUUCAGGGAAAGAGACAGAGAACGUAAAAAGAACUUUGACUUGGUUGACCUCUUUGUCCACUUUAAGGGGUCUGAGUUUGGUUCUCUUAAAAGGGACUCAAGUGUGAAAACAACCUAAUUUAUAAAAGCAUUCAAACUUACAUGUGUGCCUUUAUGGGAAAUGCACUGUAUCUGCAUAAAACCAAAGACAUUACUAGGGAUGCACUGAUAAAUCAGCAUAUAAUCGAUAUAGGUGGAUAAAAGCAUUAUUUUCCCACUAUCGGACAUCAGACAAUCAUUUAAAUCAGAAAUUAUGGCUAUCAAAAGAGGUGGAAAAUGCAUCAAAACUCAUACUGUUUGAUUAUUUGGAAUUGGGUCACAAUGACAACAGAUUUAGCCUAUUUUAAGGGUUUUCAUGACUGAAAGGGGGCAUAUCAUGAAAAUCUGACUUUUUCCAUGUUUUAGUGCUAUAAUUGGGUCCCCAGAGCUUAUAUUAAACUAGAAAAUGUGAAAAGAUCAACCCAGUAACUUAGUUUUGGUAAACCAUUCUCUGCAAGCAUGCUAAAAAUAUGUACUUGAAAUUUAGUUCCCCCUGUGAUGUCAGAAGGGGAUAAUACCGCCCCUUAAUCUGCACUAUUAAACCACAGCACUGGCAUUUAGUGCAGAGAUCAGCUCAUUUGCAUUUUAAAGGACACACAGAAACUGCACAUUUUUGCUCACACCUACAAAGUGGCAAUUUUACCAUGCUACAAUAAAUUAGCUAUACAUGGGUUUCAGUCAUGUGACUUUUUACGUUAUGCCGCCAUCUUGAGGACCUACCGAGUACCAGUAGGCUACUGACAAGCAUUGGCUGGCUUGCUACGAUUUACGGAUUUCUUAUCUUUUACUGUCUAUGAUUCUUAUGGAUACGGGAAAUGGCUACGAAAGACAACAUGUCGCACCUCGACUGUCAUGAAAAGAAACGCGACUUUAAAAAAUAUACCUUGGUUUGGGUGUGAUGCCUACUCAAUCCCCGAUACGUUCUUCCAGCUGCUGUUCGCUGCUACCGAACUACCACUAUUUUACAACACUAA